AUGGAACAAAAUCAUGGCCGAUUCGACAAAUGGUGGAAAGACGUUGGUCUUCGAAAACUCGUCUGCUGGCAAGCGUGUAUCCUGGCAUCGCAAAUGGUGACAGGAUACGACGAGUGUGUCGUCGGCAGUUUCCAGUCGAUGAAGCCAUGGAAAGAGGCUAUGGAGAACCCAGACGCAUCUCGCCUUGGCCUCAUCACGUCUGUAGUCUUCAUUGGAGGCUUCGUGGGCGCCUUUCUCGCCUCGCCAACUUCCGACUACCUUGGGAGAAGAUACGGCAUGCUCCUUGGAUCAUCGAUAAGUCUGAUUGGGACCGUUCUUCAGACGGCAGCACAGAACUCAGAUAUGUUCGUCGCUGGACGGUUCUUUGUCGGUCUCGGCAUCAGCUUUACUUGCGUUUCUGGGCCGCCGCUGCUCUAUGAGCUGUCACAUCCAUCCGUACGAGUGACCAUGACCUCAACGUUCAACGUGUUGUGGUACCUGGGAUCGAUCGUCGCCGCCUGGAUCACUUUUGGCACUGGACACAUGACCAAUGCAUGGUCAUGGCGGAUUCCAUCGCUUAUUCAAGGAGUAGCCCCAGCUAUAGUCGUACUAGCUGUAUUAUGUGGUCUUCCCGAGUCUCCGCGAUGGCUGUACGCUCGUGGAAGAAUUACAGAAGCCCGUGGUAUCCUUGCACGUUACCAUGCACAGGGUGACUUGAACGCGGAAAUCGUCGAGCAGCAGCUCAACGACAUCAAAGCCACUCUGGAGGUCGAACAAUUUGCUAGAGCAACAAAGAGCAGUGACAUUCUCAAGAAGCCAGCGAAUCGCAAGCGAAUGGCUAUCGUCAUCACCAUGGCGUUGCUCUCGCUCUGGAACGGACAAGGCGUCAUCUCGUACUACUUCUCCCCGAUCUUGGACAGCGUCGGCAUCACAGACACUGCAUCUCAAACCGGAAUCAACGGUGGCCUGCAGAUCUGGAACUUCUUAUGCUCCAUCGCAGGAGUGAUUCUGGCAAGCAAGAUCGGUCGACGUCCGCUGUGGCUCCUAUCUUACAUUGGCAUGAUCUGUGCGAACGUACCUCUGACCGUGGCCAGUGCCAUGUUUGCAAAGCAUGACUCCAAGCCUGCAGCCUAUGUCGUCGUCGUUUUCCUGUUCAUUUACGAUGCUGCCUUCAACAUGGCGAACAACCCGCUCCUAUACAGUUACCCGACCGAGAUUCUGCCAUUUGCGAUACGAGCUCAAGGACUAGGCAUCAUGGUUGCAGUUUCCCAAGCUGCUUUGACAGUCAAUCAAUACGUCAACCCUAUCGCCCUUGAUAACAUUGGCUUCUACUACUACAUCUUUUAUUUCGGCAUAUUGAUCUUUGGCACGAUAAUCAUCUACCUCACAUUUCCCGAGACGAAGGGACUCUCCGAGGAAGAGCUGACCUUGCUAUUCGAACGCGAUGGUGAUGUGGCGCUGCAAGGUAUCGAACCCAAUGAACAUGGUACCGGACACGCUCCACGAUUUGAUGCAAAACUUGGAAUGGCUGAGGUCUCGGUAGAAGCCAAAUCGGGCACAGAUUGUUGA